GCCCCCACGUCGGCUUGUCUCCGUACCUCUAGCUGGCCCAACGGUAUCGCUUGUUUUGCUCUCGCUGCGUAUCCGCCGCUUGGAGUUUACAAUCUUCAGACUCAUUAGCUUCAUUCCUCAGCCACCAUUGCAGUGAGAAGUCAGUCCGUCGUUUCCCUCUCCGAGGCCGGAUGGUAAAAUCCAACCUCCAGCGCAUCCUGAAUAGUCAUUGCUUUGCUCGCGAAAAAGAAGGAAAACAACAGUAUCAUACUACCAUGGCUGCUUUAAGUAGUAGUAUUUGUGACAUGAUUGGCAACCUCUCUCUGCACUGUAGCAGUACCCGCGGUCCGGGGCCUCUGUGGUGCUCCGAUGCCCCUCUCCCACCCCUGAAGAUCCCAGGUGGGCGAGGGAAUGGUCAACGGGAUCACACUCCUUCAUCUCGGCCGCUGUACUCGGACAGGAAGCUCACGGUGACAGAGGAGCCUCCAGGGAGCGGGCGCCCCAGGAUCCUUCACUUUCAGAGUCGGCCUACUGUGUCACGGGUGAUCCACUGGGACGCAGUACUGAGCAACAACAACCUGUAUGUGGAGGUCCCAAGGGACACCCUCCCUGAGGGCAGCAAGGAGAGCUUUGCAGCCCUCCUGGAGUAUGCUGAGGAACAUCUGAAAGUUGUCAGUGUAUUUGCGUGCUUUUACAAGAACAGAGAAGACAGAGCUAAACUGCUGCGUACAUUCAGCUUUCUGGGCUUUGAGAUUGUGAAACCAGGCCACGCCCUUGUCCCACCACGACCCGAUGUUUUCUUCAUGGCCUACAACUUUGACAGGGAUUCGUCUGAUGAAGAUUAGUUCCAGCCACCCGGUCCACAGAACCAAACCCAAAACCCCAUAGUUCAGCCCUUCCUCUGCGACCCAAAUGCUUACAAGCUUCUAUGCUUUUGUGUUCCAAGGAAGCAUAUGGUUCUAGAUGUCAUUGUUAUUUACUUUCUGUUGCUAUUGCCCCUUAUGUUGCUGUUGUGUAUUACUUUUUUAUUUUUCAUUGUUAUUGGGCCCCUACCUGUGACCUCUUGAUUGGCUUCCUGAACAACUAUGAGCAUAUUGCAGUUCCCAUUGUAACAAUCAGUCAGUAAUCAAUCAGUAAUUGUUUUAGGUUGAAGGAUGAUGCUUCAUUUUCUUGAAUGUAUAAAAAAUGGUUGUACAUUAUAUUGGCUCUUGUUGGUUUAAAAUUUACAGGUGUUCUCCCUUCAGUUAUACAUUAGAAAAUACAAUGUAAGUUUUUCAGGCCCUUUAAAGUCUAAUAAAAUUGUUUUGUGUGGUAGCUGAUAAUUGCUUUUGUGCUACAGACUCCACUUCUUUCUCCAGAUCUAAUACGUGGUGCAUAAUUUUCCAAAUUAUUCCUCAGAAAUUAUGUCUUAAAUCAAGUGUGAAUACAAGCUUUGUAUGAAACUGCUUAGGCAGGUUAAAUUAGGAGGAAAAUAUAUGACUAGAGUAAAUUAUGGGUAUUGUAUAAGAUUGUUCAAACCCAAAUUUUUUUCUUUUUUGUGCAUGUAGUUUGUUAGAGUUGGGAUUGUUUGGAAUGGAAUUUUCUGCUGUCCACAUUGGGAUUCGGUCUUUCAUUGCCCCACAAUAUUUUGCCAUUCAGCAACAACAUAUAGUUUUGGUUUAUUGAUGUACACCUGCAUAGUGGUACCUUUUAUUGUGCAUCUGUGAUAAUAAAAAUUUGAAAUUACA